AUGCUAAGAGAAGAAGUGAGAAAACUAUCCGAUCCAUCAACGAGCUUGAGUUUUGACUCGGUGAAAGAUAUGGAGCUGGUGAACUCAGUUGUUUACGAGACGUUGCGGUUCAAUCCGCCUGUCACGCUUCAAUCUGCACGAGCAAGGAAGGAUUUUGAACUCACUUCUCAUGACUCGGUUUUCGACAUAAAAAAGGGUGAGUUGUUGUGUGGGUAUCAGCCGUUAGCUAUGAGAGACGGUAGAGUUUUCGAUGAGCCAUUGAGUUUCAAGCCGGACUGGUUCGUGGGGAAAGGGAAGGAAUUGCUGAGUUGCUUGUUCUGGUCGAACGGGCCUCAGACCGGGUCGCCUAGUGAGUCAAAUAAGCAAUGUGCAGGAAAGGAUUACGGACACCGUCGGCUUCGUUAA